GGAUGAUUCUGAUGAAGAUACGUCCAGGACCUUGAGUACAACUCAUGGAGGAGCAAGUAGUCCCCUGUCGCACUUCACUGUCCGCACCCAUGACUUCUCGAGUGGCAUCAGCAGCACUUUGGACCGCAUUUCGAGCAGUCAACGAAAGCACGGGAGUCAGCGCCGUGUCAAGCAGUUCUAUUCAGCACCAGAAGAUGAAAGUUCAGAGGAAGAUUCUGAGGAGACUUUCACUCACAGGCCCGUGACUCAGUUGUACAGUGCGCCCUCAACCACUCAGAAACCCCCUAGUCAAUUUUAUGGUGCGCCAACAACUCGCAGGCCGUCAACACCCAGAGACCAGCACCUUCAGAGUCCACCAGUUUUAAGCAGGCCAUUUACAAUGCAAUUCAACAAACCACCAAGCCCAUUUUACAAUGCACCUUCAACAACCCAGAGUCCACCAAGUCAGUUUUAUGGUGCGCCAACAACUCACAGGCCAUCAACAACCCGUACACCACCAAGCCCAUUUUACAAUGCACCUUCAACAACCCACAGACCACCAAGUCAGUUUUAUGGUGCGCCAUCAACAACUCCCAGACCAACAACAACACACAGACCUCCUAGUCAGUUUUAUGGUGCACCAUCAACAACACCAAAGCCUGUGAGACAGUUGUACAGUGCGCCAUCGACCACUUCGAGACCUGUAAGUCAGCUAUACCGCGCACCGUCAACCCCUAGACCAGUGAGUCAGCUCUACGUUGCUCCAUCAACAACCCACAGACCUAUAACUCAAACGUAUCUGGCUCCAGAGACUGAGAGGCCUGUAAGUCGAGUCUAUGGAGUUCCUUCCAAGCAGUCUGAGGACUCUGACGAAGAGACUUCAACGCACAGACCACCAAGUCGAGUUUACGGCGCACCGGUUCAGGAGGACGACUCUGAGGAAUCGAAGGUCAGCUUCCCACCAAGGGGCCACUUCUCAAGCCACUCUUCCGCCGAGGGGCAGGCCUUGUUCGUGAGGACGGAAGGCCAUGAGGAAGAGGAGGGAGACAGUGAUGAGGAAACUAACCUCCCAGUUUUCAUCCUUCUGAAGGGCAAACAGAAUCGCCGAAUUCCAACAACAUACGGCGCCUUUAAUCAACAAAAGGAUAGCGAUGAGGAUGAAGACCUUCGCCUUUUCUUGCCAUACAUCGCUGCUGAAAGUGAAGAAGAUGCUUUUGGCAGCCUGAGACUGCCUCCUUCCUCGGUGCCAGGCGUUGGAAAACUGUCGGACCUGGAGCCUACUCAGCUUACUGACCAAGUCUCGGGCUACCUCACGGAGCUCGACCACCCGGGUUCCAGCCAUUACAUUACAUCGCUGUACAAUUGCCUUAUCACGAGCGGCGGACACAAGACUACAAAGCUGGUGGUGGGCGCCAGGGAAACUCUCAAGCUUGCACAAUCUUCGCCGUCCAAAUGA